AUGGCUGAUCAAGAAAGCCAUCUAAAUCCAUUAGAAAAAGGCAAAUCCCAUAAUCUACCGAAAAACCUGCAAAAAAGUAGCAAAUGUUUGGUUUACAUCUUAAUCAUAGUCUUGUUUCAUAGCAUAAUCCUCUUCGUUUUCAGAUUAAUCGUGUUACCCUUCAAGUCCCCUAAAGUUCACAUAUCUCAUAUCACCAUCCAAAAUCUAAUCGCCCCUCUGGCUUCAUUAAACACGACUAUGGUUGCUGAAAUUCAAGUAUACAACAAAAAUUUCGGGCCCUUUAAAUUUCAGAACAGCAGUACAACGUUGUUAUAUCGAAAUAUAACGAUUGGGGUGGCAAAUAUUUAUGAAGGGCGAGUUGAGGGUCGAGAGAGGAAGAGAAUGAAUAUGAGUUUGCAAGUAAGGGCUAAUAAGUUAUUAUCAGAUUAUAAUUUGAAUUUGAGCAGUGAUAUUGAUUCUGGUUUGGUGAAGUACUUGAGCGGUCAUGCAAAGUUGAAAGGUGAAGUGCGACUUUUGAAGAUCAUCAAACGGCGUAGAACUGCAGAGAUGAACUGUACCAUGAGUCUUAAUUUGACAAGCCAAGAAGUUCAGGAUUUGCUAUGCCAACGAUAA